AUGACAACAACGAUGUCAAAUCUUCCAAAGGAUUUGGUACAUGAGAUUGUCUCUAGGGUUCCUAUGAAAUACAUGAGAGCGGUGCGAUUAACUUGCAAAAACUGGAACGCUUUGUUCGAAAGCCGUAGUUUAAAGAAGACGCACAUUGACAAAGAAGAAGAAGCAUCAAGGGAGUUAGGGGAGACUCGGAUACUAGGGAUGAUGGAUUACAAUGUUUAUCUAACGGGAAUCACCGUCAACGACAAUCCAACCAUAGAGCCUCUAGCUCUAGGUAAACUUACUUGCCUAGACGAACAAGUCAAGAUUUACCAAGUCUUUCAUUGUGAGGGUUUAUUGUUAUGCAUCUUGAAAGACGAUGAUACUAAGAUUGUGGUUUGUAAUCCGUAUUUGGGGCAAACAAGGUGGAUCCAUACCAGAACGUAUUACCCUAAAAGUAAAUGGAAAGGACGAUAUGUUUAUAAUUACGCUUUCGGCUACAAAACUAACAGCCCCAAAAUCUUGAGGUUUAUGGAUGAUUUCAGUUUUAACAUCAAAAACAGCGCUUUAGUGUAUGAACUCUACGAUUUUGACACUGAUUUAUGGACUACUCUCGAUGUGGCUCCAAACUGGCGUACAAUAGUGCCUCACGCUGGCCUUUCUAUCAAGGGAAACACUUACUGGUGCGCUAUAGAACAGGAAGAAUACGAAACAAUUGAUCAGAUAAUAUGUUUUGAUUUUACAAGAGAGAGAUUCGGACCGCUUCUGCCUUUGCCGGUUACGGCUGGGAGUCACGUACGGUUUGCGUCACUAUCUUCGGUUAGAGAAGAGAAGAUUGGGGCUUUAUUUCGGACAAGGGACACGACAUUCCUUCAGGUUGAUAUAUGGAUUACGACUAAGAUUGAUGCCCUAAAUGUGUCGUGGAGCCAUUUUUUUACAGUGAAUAUGCCAUCAUACCUUGGCCGUAUGUUUUUCUGUACGACUUUCUUCAUUGACGAGGAGAAAAAAGUUGCUGUGAUUUUUAAGAUUGACAAAAUACUCGGGAACACCCAUAUUAGUUUUAUUGGAGAGGCUGGAUGCUUGAGGAAAUUGGAGGUUGGAGAAUAUGCAGACAAAACCUGUUGGCCACGUGUGUGCUCUUAUGUUCCAAGUAUAGUGCAAAUCAAGCAGACAUAAAAGAGGCAAAAGGACAAAUCGGAGCGAUUAGGAAAGGCAUCAGCAUCGAUAUAUAUGUUCAUAACAUGUUGACACAUGAUAAACGA